CAACGAUGGAUAGGAAGCAAUCGAGGCUUCUUCAAACGACCAAAACGUCAACCCUCAAAAGUCACCUUUGGAAAAGAAGAAGUAAAGCUACGUCUACAAAACUGCAGAAUCGCUUUGAAUCCCUUUUCUUCUUGCUCUUUCUCUCUAAAUUCUUACAGGUGAUAUCCUGUUAUGGGAAAUGUGGAAUCAGCAUAUGAUGAUUCCCAUGACGAUUUGCGGAGUCAUCCACCUUCUUAUGCAGGAAGUUCAACAGAUACUCACUAUCGACAGAUAUAUCCUGAUGCCCAUGACGAUUUGCGGAUUCAUCCACCUUCUUAUGCAGGAAGUUCAACAGAUACUCACUAUCGACAGAUAUAUCCUGAUGCCCAUGACGAUUUGCGGAUUCAUCCACCUUCUUAUGCAGGAAGUUCAACAGAUACUCACCAUCGACAGAAGCAGCAAACUACAUGCAUACCUGAUAAUUUUAAAUCCUUGGAUCAGGUUAUCUCUGCAUUAAGGGAAGCUGGCCUUGAAUCAUCAAAUUUGAUACUUGGUAUUGACUUCACUAAGAGCAAUGAGUGGACAGGCAAGUAUUCAUUCAACAGGAAAAGCCUUCAUGCAAUUGGUAGCACACCUAAUCCGUAUGAGCAAGCAAUAUCUAUUAUUGGUCGCACUUUGUCUCCUUUUGAUGAAGAUAAUUUGAUACCAUGUUUUGGGUUUGGAGAUGCAACAACACAUGAUCAAUAUGUGUUCAGCUUUUAUCCCAAUCACCAAUCUUGUAAUGGUUUUGAGGAAGCUCUUGCACGUUAUAGAAAUAUUGUUCCGAACUUAAAUCUGUCAGGUCCAACAUCAUUUGCCCCAAUAAUUAAUGCGGCAAUUGACAUUGUGGAGAGAAGCAAUGGGCAGUAUCAUGUUCUUGUCAUUAUUGCAGAUGGACAGGUUACUAGAAGUCCUGAUACCCCACCAGGAAGGUUCAGUCCACAAGAACAAUUAACUGUAGACUCCAUAGUUGAUGCUAGCCAAUAUCCUCUCUCAAUCAUUUUGGUUGGAGUGGGGGAUGGACCGUGGGAUGCAAUGCAGCAAUUUGAUGAUAACAUUCCUCACCGCUCAUUUGACAAUUUCCAGUUUGUCAACUUCACAAAAAUCAUGUCUGAGAACACCGAAGCAUCAAAGAAGGAAACAGCCUUUGCACUUGCUGCUCUCAUGGAAAUACCAAUACAGUACCGGGCAACACAAAAUUUCAUCAUUAGAGAAUCCGGGGACCAUUUACGUACAAGACCACUUCCACCUCCACAAGAGGUGAUCAAUCAUGAUAAUGUAAUGAGAGAGAUGAUCUAUCAUGAUAAUGUAAUGAAAUCAUCAGUCCCAGACGUGACAAACGAUAAAACAGUUGAGCCAACAGCUCCAGUGGAACAAGUCUGCCCAAUUUGCCUGGUGAAUCCUAAGGACAUGGCUUUUGGAUGCGGUCAUACAACUUGUAAGGAUUGCGGUGGGAACAUCUCAUCAUGCCCUAUUUGCCGGGAGCCCAUAACAACACGCCUGAGACUCUAUACUUGAUUACUUCCUCAAUACUAAAAGCUUCACUGUUUAUGAGAACAUUAAUUGAUCUCAGGCAACAUUACCAUUAUUCUACCGUUUGUAAAUUUUUAGUACGUUCAGAUAUAUGGAAGCUAUUUGAAAUGUUUCUCUUCUGUGUAUUGCCUAGACAAAUUGGUGGAUGUGUUUGAGCUGCAUUUCUCCCCUCUUUUGUAUCUUUAUAUAUGUACAUAUAUUUAUUUCUUUCUUCCCAA